AUGGAAUGUCUUUAUUUCAACGUUAAUGACGGCUAUCUUGAAGGAAUUGUACGAGGCUAUAAAAGUGCAAUUCUUAACCAAACAAAUUAUCUUAAUUUAACUCAAUGUGAAACUUUGGAAGAUUUGAAAUUACAGCUCAGUGCAACCGAUUAUGGGAAUUUUCUUUCGAAUGAGCCUUCACCUUUGGCAACUUCUACCAUUUCCGAAAAAGCCACCGAGAAGUUAGUUUCAGAGUUCAAAUAUGUACGUGAAAACGCUGUCGCACCCUUAACAAAAUUUUUGGAUUAUUUAACUUAUGCUUACAUGAUUGAUAAUGUCAUUCUUCUGAUAACUGGGACUUUACAUGAACGUGAUACUCACGAAUUACUCGAACGGUGCCAUCCACUCGGUAUUUUUGAUUCAAUGCCUGCUCUAUGUGUAGCAACCAAUGUAGCUGAAUUAUACGAUACUGUAUUAAUUGAGACUCCCCUUGCUGCUUAUUUUAAAAACUGUUUAUCCGCAAAUGAUCUUGACGAAAUGAAUAUCGAGCUCAUUCGAAAUACUCUAUACAAAGCUUAUCUCGAAGACUUUUAUAGAUACUGCAAGGAACUUGGAGGCACUACAGGAGAGUUAAUGUGUGAAAUUCUAGAGUUUGAAGCGGAUCGUCGAACAAUUAAUAUCACCAUUAAUUCAUUCAACACCGAAUUAUCAAGAGACGAUCGGGGAAAGCUGUUUCCAAGUCUCGGUCGACUAUAUCCUGAUGGUCACGCUAAAUUAUUGCGUGCAGAUGACCCAGAACAAGUUAAAAGUGUAGUUGAAGUUUGGACGGAAUAUCGUCAAUUCUUUGAGACUUCAAUCACAUCUUCAGAGACCAAAACUCUAGAAGAUCGUUUUUUCGAAUAUGAAGUGCAUCUCAAUAAACUCACUUUUCAACAACAAUUUCACUAUGCUAUUUUCUACGCAUUUCUCAAAUUAAAAGAGCAGGAAAUACGAAACAUUUUGUGGAUCGCUGAGUGUAUUAGUCAAGGUCAAAAGGAACGAAUUAAUAAUUAUAUACCGAUAUUUUGA